CUGCUUGCCAAAACUACUACAAACGAAUCAUACCUACCCGGCCAGCUCCGUUUUGUCGCUUGGUGUCAGCAUCAUGUCAUCAAUCCCAAUCAUUUUGUCGUUGAAGAACUGAUCAAUUUUUUGACGACAUUACACGAGGAGGGUUUUCAACUUUCUACCAUCAAGCUUUCUCGUUCUGCAGUGCUUGUUUUUCAUGUCACAGCGAUACAGUUUCGGGGCCAUCCAGGUAUUUGCAAGCUUUUUCGUCAUUGGGCAGGUCAAGCACCUCCUCGGCCUUUGGAGCUACCUGUCUUCGAUAUUACACCUACGUUACGGUACUUGGCCACAAUUGAUUCUUCGCAAGUCACAAAAUUGUCUGUGCUUAAUAGCAAAACUGCUUUUUUGCUGGUAAUGGCUGCCUUUCUGCGCCUGUCAGACUUGCAUCGUAUCCAGCUGUCGCAGUCCCGCAUGCUUUCGGAUAGCUUGCUUUCGUUGACAAUUGUCUCCCCCAAGGAACGUCGUGGAGGUCGACGCAUCAUUAAAACUUUGUUGAUCCAUCCUUUGGUGGACAACCGCUCCCUGUGUGCGGUGCUAGCAUUUAAGGUGCUUCGCGAUCACCCUGGUGCUUCUGCUCGUCCUCCCGAGGUGUUAUUUGUCAACAGUGUCAAGGUAGAGUCCCCUUUGUCCUGUGCAACCAUUGGUGCUUGGCUUCAUCGUCUACUUGGUCGUUCUGCCCCUGUAGCUUCGUCGUCUGGUGUUCCCUCGGUACGGUCGAUUGCUUCCGAUCUGGCUCUAAAGCGUGGCGCGUCACUCGACGAUAUCAUCACGAUAGGCAAUUGGUCAUCUAGCACAGUUUUUGAUCAAUACUAUAGACGAUCUUGA